CAGCGCGGGAGAACGAGGCAGCCCCUUCCACCUGUCCGGUCCUCUCGCCUCAAAAUUGGGGGACCCCAAGGGACAGUGAGGAUAUCCCUAUCUCGGCUCUGCGCGCCGACGUUGGGCAUCUGCUGGGCGGGACUGAACUCUGGGGCAGUUAGAGGGUCCUGGCUCGUUAUCCCUGAUACCAGGCGGGCUCCAAAGGAUGGAUAAGAAAGAGCCGGGCAUUAGACACCCAGCUUUCUGGGUGUCUAGGUUGGGGAUGGUGACGACCGGGCUCCGGAGUAAGGAACCUCGUUGACUGAGAGUGCCCCAUGCCUCAUCCAAGGGCAGCCUCUUCCCCACCAUAGAGGGUGAUGGCUUGACCCAAACGGCUUCUGUUCUGUGGGCUAAUGAGGUAUGAAGCGGCCACUGAGCCCACCCCCACCGGCUGAGAAGGAGCCGCCUGUAUCUGGAGCUGCUGAGUGCCCCCCUCGGCCCCCAGAACCACCUAAGCCCAAGCGAGAAAGAAAGCGGCCAUCGUACACGCUCUGUGAUGUCUGCAACAUCCAGCUGAACUCGGCGGCCCAGGCCCAGGUGCACUGUGGGGGGCGGGCCCACCAGAGGCGGCUUCGGCAGCUCAGCUUGGGGAAGAGCCCCUCAGGGCCAGCAGGCCCGGCCUCCAGCGCCCCCAGCCCCCUGCUGGCCUCCCUGCCCCUGCCCACCCGGCCUCUGCAGCCCCCGCUGGACUUCAAGCACUUGCUCGCCUUCCACUUCAAUGGCGCUGCCCCGCUCAGUCUCUUCCCCAACUUCAGCACGAUGGACCCGGUCCAGAAAGCUGUCAUCAGCCACACGUUUGGGGUCCCCUCCCCUCUGAAGAAGAAACUCUUCAUUUCCUGUAACAUCUGUCACCUAAGGUUCAACUCAGCGAACCAGGCCGAGGCACAUUAUAAAGGCCACAAACACGCCAGAAAACUCAAGGCUGUCGAGGCUGCCAAGAGCAAGCAGAGGCCACACACCCCGGCCCAGGAUGGGGCUGUAGUGUCCCCAAUCCCAACGCUGGCCAGUGGAGCCCCUGGAGAGCAACAGAGUAAAGUUCCUGCAGUCCCACCUCUUGGGUCUCCACUCCAGCCACCACCAACUCCGGACCCUACAUCCAGGGAGCCAGCCCAUGAAGAGCUCUUGGAUGCUGCCUCCUCCUCGUCCUCUUCUUCCUCCUGCCCACCUUGCUCCCCAGAGCCUGGGAGAGAGGCACCAGGGCCUGAGCCAGCGGCAGCUGCCGUGGGAAGCAGCAUGAGUGGGGAAGGCAGGAGUGAGAAGGGGCACCUCUACUGCCCCACGUGUAAGGUGACAGUGAACUCGGCCUCCCAGCUUCAGGCUCACAACACAGGAGCCAAGCACCGGUGGAUGACGGAGGGUCAGCGAGCGGCUCCCCGGAGGAGCCGGGGCCGCCCGGUGUCCAGGGGAGGCGCCGGACACAAGGCCAAGAGAGUGACAGGGGGCAGGGGCGGCCGGCAGGGGCCCAGCCCUGCUUUCCACUGUGCUCUCUGUCAGCUCCAGGUCAAUUCAGAGACCCAACUCAAGCAGCACAUGAGCAGCAGGAGGCACAAAGACCGCCUGGCCGGGAAGCCCCCCAAGCCCUCCAGCCAGCACAGCAAGCUGCAGAAGCACGCAGCGCUGGCUGUGAGUAUCCUCAAGUCUAAACUGGCCUUGCAGAAGCAACUCACCAAGACGCUGGCAGCCCGCUUCCUGCCCAGCCCGCUCCCCACCGCAGCCACUGCCAUCUGUGCCCUGCCAGGGCCCCUGGCCCUCCGCCCUGCCCCUACAGCAGCCACUACCCUCUUCCCAGCUCCAAUCCUGGGCCCAGCUCUGUUUCGCACCCCAGCAGGAGCUGUCCGCCCUGCCACAGGACCUAUCGUUCUUGCCCCUUAUUAGCCCUCAUGGGGAGGCCAGAGCUGAUUUCCCAAUAGCCACUCCUUGUCUCCUACUGUCCCGAGACACCUUGGGUUCCUACAAGCCACAGAGACUGUGAACAGCUUCAGGGGUCCUGCCCAAUCCAGAAAGAACUGGGCUAGUUUCAAGGGCAGCUCCCUUCCAAGGACUGUCCCCACCCUCCUUUCCCAGGCCUUCCAGGGUUAGUCCUAGGCUUCCCUGCAUUUCCCACCCUGACAGACCCCAAAGAUCUAUGCAAAAUCUCAGCCCCAGCCACGUGGUGCUCUCACUUUCCUCCACCCAAGACCUACACCAGGCCCCACAUGGCCAGCCUCCAGGAAUCUUAGCUUCUACAAGCCAUCCUCUCCUAGCCGGGGAGCAACUCUCUGACCUCCAGUCCUAGGCUCUGGGGCUUCACUGGAGAUAGAGAUGGGGUCUUUAGCUGGAGCAGGCUCAAGGCUAUCAGGACAAGGUGACCAUAGGAGUGUGACAGAGGACCACGGAGGAGAAAGGGGGACCCAGAAGUCCUUCGAUCAGCAGUGCUAAGGUGGGGCAGAGCCAAGGAAGUGGUGGGGCUGGUUCUGAAAGCUUUUGGGGGCUUCAUCUGCUCUGAAGGGGUGGGACUGAGAGAAGGUGAUGUUCUGGUUGGGCCCAGGGUUUUGUUUGUUUUAAUCUUAGUCUUCUGGGCAUUCAUGGGCCCAGACAUUUUUUCUUUUUCCAGAGUUGCAUUCUGUUGCCCAGGUUAGAGUGCAGUGGUACGAUCCUGGCUCACUGCAGCCUCUGCCUCCCUGGUUCAAGUGAUACUUGCCGGCCGGGCGCGGUGGCUCAAGCCUGUAAUCCCAGCACUUUGGGAGGCCGAGACGGGCGGAUCACAAGGUCAGGAGAUCGAGACCAGCCUGGCUAAUACGGUGAAACCCCGUCUCUACUAAAAAAUACAAAAAAAACUAGCCGGGUGAGGUGGCGGGCGCCUGUAGUCCCAGCUACUCGGGAGGCUGAGGCAGGAGAAUGGCGUAGACCCGGGAGGCGGAGCUUGCAGUGAGCUGAGAUGCGGCCACUGCACUCCAGCCUGGGCGACAGAGUGACACUCCGUCUCAAAAAAAAAAAAAAAAAAAAAAAAAAAAGUGAUACUUGCCGAUGAGCCCAGUCUUAAUAUUGAGGGGGUAACUCAUUCCUCAGCAGCUCUUGUUAGCCUUCCUCUGACUUCCUGAACCCCAGCUCUUGGAGGGCGGGUGUGGGUCUCCCUCAGACUAUGGACUCAGCUAAUACCGAAUACCCCCAGGGCUCCCAAAGGAAGAGCUUUCCCUUCUCUCAACCAGCCCCUGCCACUGUGAAGCUGAGUAUUGGGAGGCAGUCUCACACGCACUUACAAGACCCAUUUCAUGCUGUCAACAUCAGUGUCACAAGCUCCCUCCCACUGCAGCACUGCCCCCUCUGCACCCCACAAUAUGGGACCUUGCCAGUAUCCCCCUGUAUCUUUUUUUUUAAGACAUUUCCAAUGGGAGAACCAGAAAAAGGGGGGAGGGGAGGGAAACUUUUUGAUAACAAUUGUGGUUUUAUUGUGUCCAAUGAAUGCAUCAAUAAAUGAACUUGAAGCCCAA